AUGUAUGCAGCAACACCGGUGAACCAGCAUGCAGCGGUCGAGGAGAGGCAAUGGGACCUCCGGCAUCAGGAGAAUGCACUCGUCAAACUUGCUGAGUUGUACCGGGACCAGAAGAAUGCCCGCGGUGUCGCAGAGGUCAUCACACUGUCUCGGACAUUUGUCUCUGCCUCUGCGAAAGCAAAGACGGCCAAGCUUAUUCGGACGGUGUUAGACUGCUUCAGCGCUAUUCCUGACAGCCAGAAGAUACAGGUAGAGGUAUUGACUGAGAACAUUGAGUGGGCAAAACGCGAAAAGCGCAUGUUUCUCAAGCACAGUCUGGAGACGAGGCUGGUCGGGAUACAGCUAGACACGUCCCAGUACAAGCCUGCCAUUGCCUUAAUCGACGAACUGCUAGGUGAACUGAAGCGCCUAGACGACAAGAUGAUCCUCACUGAGGUACAUCUCCUGGAGAGCCGGCCGUGCCAGGCGGCCCUGACAUCCGCACGGACAGCAGCCAACUCAAUAUACUGCCCCCCACACCUACAGGCGCGCCUCGACUUGCAGUCCGGCAUUUUACAUGCGGAGGACAAGGACUACAACACUGCGUACUCGUAUUUCUUCGAGACCUUCGAGAACCUGAGCACCCAGGAUGACCCGAGCGCGCUCGGCGCCCUCAAAUACAUGCUCCUCUGCAAAGUGAUGCUCAACCUGCCAGAGGAUGUGACGUAUCUGCUCUCGAUCAAGCUCGCGUCGAAAUACGCGCAGCUGCGCGACGUCGAGAGCAUGCGCGCGAUCGCGCGUGCGCAUCAGCAGCGCAAUCUUGCGGACUUCGAGAAGGCGCUCCGAGACUAUCAGCAAGAGCUGUCGUCAGACUCAACGAUCCGUACACACCUAUCCGCGCUAUACGACACGCUGCUGGAGCAGAAUCUACUGCGCAUUGUCGAGCCAUACUCUGUCAUCGAGGUCGAGUACGUCGCGCAGCAGGUCGGACAGGGCCGACAGGCUGUUGAGCAGAAGUUGUCGCAGAUGAUUCUGGACAAGGUGUUCCAUGGUGUGCUGGACCAAGGUCGGGGAUGCUUGAUCGUGUUUGACGAGGCGGAGGCAGAUAACACGUAUGGUGCGGCGAUCGACACGCUGGAGCAAGUGGGUAAGGUCGUCGAGUCGCUCUACGCGAAGGUUCGGCAUCGGCAUCAUUGGCAAAUCGAAGAUUCCGACUUCAAGUGUGGCGUUUCCGUCGCGGACGACCACCUCAACAUUUCGGUAGUCUAUAUAUUGCUCUGA